AUGAUCAUGACUGACCAGGACUUUGAUGGAUCGCAUAUCAAGGGCCUGGUCAUCAACUUCAUACAGCACUGGUUCCCCGGGCUGCUGCAGUGCGAGGGUUUCCUCCGCGAGUUUGUGACUCCAAUCGUCAAGGUCAAAAAGGACGAUGCAGUCAUAACAUUCUUCACAGUCCCAGAGUAUGAAGCAUGGAAAGCUGCCAAUAAUGGCGGAAAGGGGUGGGUCUGCAAGUACUACAAAGGUCUGGGAACCAGCACUUCUGCAGAGGCCCGCGAGUACUUCUCAGACCUUGACAGGCACGAGCUGACCUUCACACCUGGUGGUGAGGAGGACGAUUCUCUGAUAGACAUGGCAUUCAAUACCAAGAAGGCCGAUGCACGCAAGGACCUCAUGGAAAGAAGGCGAUUAAGUAAUGUCAAGAGGCAUGCUGCGGAGCCUACGAUGAACAAAGGAGAUGGCGUCUGGAGUUAUGCUCAGCUGUGGGACUUUUCGGGACGCAUCUCCCGUUUAUUCGAAGGCUUCGAGGCCUUGAAGCAGGCCUCUGUUUCGGAAGAUUCGGCCCCACGACCUGUUGCAAUUUUCCUCCGGCAGGGCCGGGAGUGGUAUGCGACUUGCAUUGCAGCAUGGCGGUUAGGCAUACCCGUUGUUGCGUUAAGCAACGAUCUUCCAAGUGGGCAAGCUGAAGCUGAAAGAGCUGCGCGAGUUGCCAAAGAGCUGCGACCGCUGGCUCUGAUCUCCGACGAUUCUGCUUUCGAAGUGCCAUCUCUGCCUGAGGACUGUCUGCGGCUCUCGCUGGAAGACGUGCGCAAAGCAGCAGCGCUUCCUGCCAACUUACAGAACUCUGCGCGGGUGUCUCCAGCAUCUGUACUUUGCUACGUUUUUACAGGGGGCACGACGCGCCACAGCAAGUGCGUGGCAGUAACACACAGGAUGGCGCUUUGGGAAAUUGAGCAUUACAAGACAGCUUUGCGCGGUAUGGCGACAAGCAGUGAUAGGAUGCUACAGUACUCGUCUGCCUACUGGGGUGCUGCCAUCUUCGGCCAAGCAGACCUCGCCCUGGCCUUUGGCGCGUGCAAUGUCAUCAUCCGAGCGAAUGUGCCCGAGGAGAUUGCGGCUAUCUGCGCAGACUACAGUGUCUCUGUGCUGGGCAUUGUUCCCUCGCAGUUACGAGGGGCGUGGCCAGGCGGACCGCGCACGCGUGCAAAGAGCCUGCGGGUGCUCAUUGCCUGGGCAGAGAAGAUUCCACCAAAGUUGGCAAAGGAAUGGCUCGAACAUCUGCCCGUAGUGGAGUUGCUAAUUGCGUCAGAGUACUGGUUGUGCCUUGGUUCCGACUGCAGAACUUGGACGGAUCCAGUGGAUGGGACAGAACGUCACAUUCUGCAACCGCUUCCAGACCUGGACUUCAAGCUUCUGAAGGAAGAUGACACAGAGGCGCAAGAGCAGGAGUGUGGCGAGUUGUUCCUGACUGGUCCAACAGUUUUUGCAGGCUAUGUUGAUGGUGCUGGCCGCAUCGGUUGCACAUUCUUCAAGUAUCUGGAUUCAAAGCGGUAUUAUGGAACGCGUGACAGGCUCAAGCGGGUGCCUGGUGGGGGUCUCGUUUAUGUGGGACGAACUGACUCCCUGACGAAGUCAGGCGGUGCAUGGCAAGAUCUCUCAGCAGUUGAGGCUGCAGCUGUAGAAGUGGCCCAGCAGGUUCCAGGGGUUACCGCUGCAGCGCUGGUGUCUUGCGAUGGCAACACAGACGCCUAUCUUGUCCUGGAAGAUGCGCGAAAUGCCGCUGGAACUGCCCGUGAAGGACCACCAUUGAAUACUGUGCUCGACAAAGCCAUGCAAAAGCUGAAGCCGGUCCUUGGUAACUCCAGGCCUCGCAUUUGGUCGCGACUGCCUUUACAUCCUGCUACCAGCAAGGUCAAUCGAAACUUGCUUACUGCUCAGCACGGUGAGCGUAGCGGGCGUGAGACGCGAUGGCAUCAGAAGCUGCACAGCCUUCAGCGGCAAAUGCUGAAGGGUUAUGCUGCAUGGCAUGUCCUUCUUGGCACGCUGAUGUUGCUGCGAGCAUUCCUUGGCCUGGUUCUGCGAUCACUCCUAAGCGGAGAUCCACAUGCCUCGGACUUUCUGUGGCGACCCCAGCUGAAAUGCGUCUCCCACCCCGAAUUGCUUUCCACUCGAGGCUGGACCUGGGGAUGCGAUCGCUGCUGCUGCCGUACACUUGGGGAGCACCUUGGCGCGGAGCAGUGGAGGUUUCCUCAUCUGUGA